AACGACCUGUGCGUCACUUCCGCUGGGGCGGGGCGGAGCUGAGUGGGUGGAGCUCCGGCUGCUGCGCUUGUUUGUGCUGGAAGCUCAGCUGAAGCGGGCCGGCCAGAGUAGACGUCAAUGUCGGGAAGAGACUAGUAUCCACCGUCGCCUGUGAUUGCGGCCUGCAUCCCGGUAAGACCAUGAAUUAUGGCAUUUCUUAAAUGAAGCAUUCACAAAUGAAGUGAGAGAAUGUCAUAUAGAAAAUAAAUGAUUUUUAAGUUAUGUCUUUUAGUUUGACUAUAGAUAUAUAUAUUUACCUCCUUAGUAAUGCAAGAAGUCUUUGUGGGAAGCAGAGAAGCAAGCAGCUGCUUUUUGGGUGUUUACCUAAACAUUUCUGGAGGAUAAGCCAUAUCAGUCUACAAAGAGGUUUCCAUGCCAGCAAAGUAAGAUGUAAAUGGACCAAAAAUGAAGCUUAUUCUUGGAGUAAGCACUAUUACUCCCCAAGCAACCAUGGUUUACAUAUUGGAAUUUUGAAACUUAGUACUUCUGCUCCUAAGGGACUUACAAAAGUAAGCAUUCAUAUGUCCCGUAUUAAAAGUACUUUGAACUCUGUUUCAAAGGCUGUUUUUGGCAAUCACGAUGAAAUGAUUUCACGUUUAGCUCAAUUUAAGCCAAGUUCUCGAAUAUUAAGAAAAGUAUCAGAUGGUGACUGGUUAAAACAGAAAACUUUUAAACAAGCCAUCAAAUCUCUGAAAAAAUAUAGUGAUAAAUCAGCAGAAAAGAGUCCUGUUGCAGAAGAGAAAAGUCACAUUACAGAUAAAGAAGAUUUAGGUAAACAAAGCCUUUUUCGUUACUCAACUAGCAUAACUACAAAAUUUGGAGAGUCAUUCUACUUUUUAUCAAAUCAUAUUAAUUCAUACUUCAAACGUGAGGAAAAAAUGUCUCCAAAAAAGGAAAAUAAACAUUUUCAGGUCAAAUCCGAACUUGAAGGUGAAAAGACUCAAGAAAAGAAGUCCAUAUCUCCAGAUCCUGGCAUCCUGACUGAUAAGCCAGGCUCUGGAUCUUCCAUAGAUACUGUGGACAAGCCUACAAGUCAGAGUGGAAUGCCUGAUGUUCUUCCAGUAUCUACUAAGCAAAGUAUUGCUAACUUUCUUUCUCGACCCACUGAAGGUGUUCAGGCUUUGGUAGGUGGUUAUAUUGGUGGACUUGUCCCCAAAUUAAAAUAUGAUUCGAAGAGUCAGCCAGAAGAACAGGAAGAUCCUACUAAAACUGAGCAGGCUGUCAGCAAAGAAAAAACUGCAGAGGAGAAAAAACACUUAUCUCUUCAGCGAGAAAAGAUUAUUGCAAGAGUGAGUAUUGAUAACAGAACCCGGGCAUUGGUCCAGGCAUUAAGAAGAACAGCUGACCCAAAGCUCUGCAUUACUAGAGUUGAAGAAUUGACUUUUCAUCUUCUAGAAUUUCCUGAAGGCAAAGGAGUGGCUGUCAAGGAAAAAAUUAUUCCAUAUUUAUUACGACUGAGACAAAUUAAGGAUGAAACUCUUCAGGCUGCAGUAAGAGAAAUUUUGGCUUUAAUUGGCUAUGUGGAUCCAGUGAAAGGGAGGGGCAUCCGAAUUCUCACAAUUGAUGGUGGAGGAACGAGGGGUGUAGUUGCUCUUCAGACACUGAGGAAAUUAGUUGAACUUACUCAGAAGCCAGUUCAUCAGCUCUUUGAUUAUAUUUGUGGCGUAAGCACAGGAGCCAUAUUAGCUUUCAUGUUGGGAUUGUUUCAUAUGCCCUUGGACGAAUGUGAAGAACUUUAUCGAAAAUUAGGAUCAGAUGUAUUUUCACAAAAUGUCAUUGUUGGGACAGUCAAAAUGAGUUGGAGUCAUGCAUUCUAUGACAGUCAAACAUGGGAAAAGAUUCUUAAGGAUAGAAUGGGUUCUGCACUAAUGAUUGAAACAGCAAGAAACCCUACAUGUCCUAAGGUAGCUGCUGUAAGUACCAUAGUAAACAGAGGGAUAACGCCAAAAGCCUUUGUGUUCAGAAACUAUGGUCAUUUUCCUGGAAUCAACUCUCAUUAUUUGGGAGGCUGUCAGUAUAAAAUGUGGCAAGCCAUUCGAGCCUCAUCAGCAGCUCCAGGCUACUUUGCAGAAUAUGCAUUGGGAAAUGAUCUUCAUCAAGAUGGAGGUUUGCUUCUGAAUAAUCCUUCAGCAUUAGCAAUGCAUGAGUGUAAAUGUCUUUGGCCGGAUGUCCCACUAGAGUGUAUAGUAUCCCUGGGCACUGGACGUUAUGAGAGUGAUGUGAGAAAUACUGCAACAUACACAAGCCUGAAAACCAAACUUUCUAAUGUUAUCAACAGUGCUACAGACACAGAAGGUUAGUUUGUUUCUGUGUUA